AUGGCAGCCGCCAAGAAGCGCCCCCACCUCCCCGCCCCACCUCCCUUCAACCCUCAGGCUCAGGCGCGUGCCUUUGAGGAGGGGCUGGCGGCCCUCGCCAAGCAGGCGCUGCAGAACGACCCCGAGGCGGCGGCGCAGCUGAGGAGGUACGAGGCGGCCGUGGUGCGUCUGGAAAAAGCCAAGGCUGCAGAGAAGGAGCUCGAAAAGAUCUUUUCGGAGGCAGCAAAAGCAGCGGUGCUGGAAGAUGCGGCCGCCCAAGAGGACGCUAAGACCAAGGCCAACCAGCUGUUGGCCGACGCAGAGGUGGCAGCUGCCGAGAAGCUGCUCAGGGCCGCCCAGAUCGAGUACGAGAUCGCGGAAGGCGAGCGGUCACGCCUGGGCGCCGCGGCGUUCUCGGACGCUGACCGGGCGGAGAGCGGCAAGGCGGCGGCGGUCGCGGUGGUGGGCGGGCUCGCGGCGGCGGCGCCGCUGGCGCUGGCGGCGGGGGGGGCCGGGGAGCUGCUGUCUCUGGCAGACGCGGCAGCGUGCUGCGCGCUGUUCGGGGUCACUUACAGGUACGCCGUCCGCGAGGACGCAGCUAACACGCAGCUGCGCGGCGGCGCCAUCGCGGCCUUUGCGCUCGUGCGCGCCGCCGGCGGGUUUGACCUCCUGCAGCGCACUGCGGCCGGCGGCGGCGGCGGCGACGCACUGCUGUCGCUCGACGUGGUCGGGCCGGCGGCGCUGUACGCGGCCCAGUGCAUGCUCGUGUUCGGCUUUGCGGCGGCGGCGCUCGAGGUCGGUUUCGGCAGCGGGUUUGUGCGGCGAAUGCGGGGAUCUGCGACGGGCGGCGACGGGCAGCAGCAGUGA